UGAUCUCACCCCCUCUGGGCUCUGGCAUCAUCAAAGAAACCCUUGGCUAAGAAAUCUUGCCCAUUUAGGCUCUGUUUUCUUUUUAGUCACAGUUAUGGGUCUAAUCAAAAUCCACUCUUUCGGGUAAACCCAAUCACCAUUUCCCUUUUCUUUGAUCUGGGAAAAUGGAUCUGUACAGCUUUCAGAACAUAAAGGCCGAGAAGGAGAAAGCGAUCAUGAAGUACAGGAGGAUGCAGAAGAUGACGAUCCUCUUCCGGUUCGUCGAAUUCUGCAUUUUCGCGAUCGCAUUCUCCAGAUUCUCCGUCCAUUUCCCUCAAGCUCUUAACUUCUCCGGCGACCAUUUCAAGGAGAUUCUUGUUUCCCUGAUCAGUCCCCGGUUUUUGUUCGUGGUCGGAAACGCCAUUGUCGUCAUCUUGUACCUUAAAUCAAAGAAAUCUUCUACAGAUGACAACGAAGAGAUGAAUAAUAAACAGAGCAUCUCUGUUUCAGGGGAGGAAGAAGAUGUUGUUCCGGAGAAGCGCCGGGAAAUUGAACAGGCGCCGGUGAGUUCUUUGGAGAAAAACUGCCCGGCGCCAGAAGACGAAAAGCCCGAAUUGUACGAUGAUGACGAAAAGAAAUGUUUGGGUCAUUCUUUCUUUCACGGGAACAAUGAACCAAUGAAUAAACAGAGGAGUGAAGAAGAAGAAGAAGAAACUCCGGCGAGUCGUCAGCAAAUGCACCGGAGCCAAUCGGAGAGCUGGAUCGUGAGCACUGUUCCGGAAAGGACUAAGGACUUGACGCGGUCCGCGACGGUGGGGUGCCGGAAAAGUGAGGAGAGAGCGGUGGAGACAGAGGAAAUGAGCAGUGAGGAGUUUCGGAGGAAGGUGGAGGAUUUCAUUGCUAGGCAGCAGAGAUUGUUAAGGGAAGAAGAGUUUUUAGCUUCUGAAGAAUAGUUAUUAAUUACCUUAAUAAUAAUUUAAUACUCCGUAUUAUUGUUAUUAUUACCAUUAAACCUUUUUUAACUUCAUUAGCUCUAACUAAGAGCGGCUUUGGUAAUGUACACUGGCUAAGCCUUGCUAAUGAAUUUGUACAGCCUCACUUCAAUGAGGGAAUUAAGGUGAAACGCCCUUCUAAUUUGUCUAAGUGGCUGUUACUUAAAUUAUUA